CAAGGCAAGGCAAGUCUAAUUGUUUAUUUCCAUCUUCUAUAUCGCCGGUCGUGUUUCGUCUCCUCGUGCUCAUCCCCUUCCGGUCAUCCCGACGUCAUCGAAACCCUAACCCUAAUUUUGUCCACUUUGAUUGGAUCGGAGCUUGCUACGGUUCGCGUCUCCGAUCUGGGGCUCCCCUUAUCCUCACCUUCCGGUCUCUGAUGCGCGACGUCUCCGUUCGGGCCGGACAUGGCGCUUGUGGCGGCGGACUCGGCGGGUGCGCUCGUGGAAUUGGACAAUGGGGGCCCGCCGGGGACAUUGGCGCGGCUUGUGGAGUCCCAGAGGGAGCUUUUCCACAGUCAGAUCGAUCAGCUGCAGAAGCUUGUCGUCGCCCAAUGCAAGCUCACCGGUGUCAACCCCCUCGCUCAGGAAAUGGCUGCUGGUGCAUUAUCAAUAAGAAUCGGAAAACGGCCAAGGGAUUUGUUGAAUCCUAAAGCGGCAAAGUAUAUGCAGUCAGUUUUCUCUAUCAAGGAUGCAAUUGGGAAAAAAGAAAGUCGCGAGAUCAGUGCUCUUUGUGGGGUUACAGUUUCACAGGUCAGAGAAUAUUUUGCUGGUCAGCGCUCAAGAGUGAGAAAGCUUGUUCGUUUGUCAUGCGAGAAAGUAACUAGAUUAGAAGAAUCCAAGACAUCCAAAGAAGACCAUUCGGUUAGUUUAGAUCAGUCAUUGCCUGUCAGCGAAGUGCCAUCAGGAAAUGCUGCUGCUUCUGAUGCUUUUGUAACCGUGGAGCUUAAACAAGUUCCUGAUAACACUGGCAUUUUUGGUACUGUUAAAACUUACCAACAGGAGACACUGACUUCAAUUGACCUUGUGAAAGAGGAAGGCCAUCCAUCCUUGUUGCAGGAAGAAACUAUUCCUGGUGUCAACUCUGAUGAUAAGGAAUUCUUAAGUAACAUAUUCAAUUUGAUGAGGAAGGAACAGACGUUUUCAUCACAGGUGAAGUUGAUGGAAUGGGUUCUUUGUGUUGAAAACUCUGCAGUUCUAAAUUGGUUUUCAAAUAAUGGUGGCAUCACCAUCUUGGCAACAUGGUUGAGCCAAGCGGCUGUUGAAGAGCAAACUAGUGUGCUUCUUGUCAUUUUGAAGGUUCUCUAUCACCUGCCCGUACAUAAAGCUUUGCCAGUGCAUAUGUCUGCCAUAGUGCCAGUUGUUAACAAGCUGCGGUUUUAUAGGACAUCAGACAUAUCAAACAGGGCAAGGGUCCUUCUUUCACGAUGGAGCAAAGUGUUCAUUAAAAGCCAGGCUUUGAAGAGACCUUUUGUUAGUUCCUUCAAGACAACAAUGGAGGCGAUUCAUAAACAAAGGAUGAGUGGAUUUCUUAAUGAUGAGUUAUUGCAGGCCAAACUCGACAUUCCAGAAGAUAUUCUUGCACUUACAGAAGAUGCUGAAACAACCAAAACAAUAGAGCCUAAACAAACACUGAAGCUGCUUCCAGCAUCUGGUGCUGACUCAAGCAAGAAGCAUGAUCGGAGUGUCUCAUCAACCAAAUCCAAAGAACGCAGAAAGGUUUUGUUGGUGGAACAGCCUGAUCAUAGAGCUGCAGGUAGAAGUGCGCAGGUUGUACGAGCAGUGUCAGCAAAUCAUAGCCGUCCAAUGUCAGCUGAUGAUAUACAGAAAGCAAAGUUGCGUGCAAUGUUUAUGCAACAUAAGUAUGGAAAAGUUGAUCCAUCAAGUAGUGGAAGUAAGUUAGAGAAAAUUGAAGAUCCAAAGGCACUUUCUGCAUCUCAGAUCAACAAUGUAUUGUCUGAAUGUAAAGCACCUCAAGAUCCUCAUCUGAUUAAAGAGGGAAGUAGCAUCCGAAUAGUUUCCACAAAAGAUAAUCUUCUCAGUGAGUCUGAAACUGCUAUCAAUUCAAAUUCAAAUUCAACUUCUAAGCAAGACUGCUUGGGAAUGUUGAAUUGCAAGCCAAUUCAAUGGAAGAUUCCACGAGAGACACAGAUAAGUUCUACAUGGAGUAUGGGUGCAGGGGAGGACAGCAAGGAAUUUGAUGUCCAAACACAGAGAAAUCAGCGAGAGAAAGAAACAUUCUACUCAUGCCUCCAAGACAUCCCACCCAAUCCAAAGGAACCUUGGGACAGAGAAAUGGAUUUUGAUGACACCUUGACACCAGAAAUCCCAACCGAGCAGCCACCGGAUGCUGAUGCUGAAGAAGGCUCUUCAUGUGCUCCUAUUAAAGACGCUGAGGAAGCCCCUGCAUCCAAGGCAGCUGCUGACAUCACCUGUGCUUCACCAAUCAGUGAUGGGCCUCCAGAGCCAGACCUUGAGUUGCUAGCUGUGCUGCUAAAAAAUCCAGACCUCGUCUUUGCUCUAACUUCCAACCAAGGAAAAAGCUUGACUAGUGAGGAGAUGGUGGUGCUGCUGGAUAUGCUUAAAAGAAAUGGUGUUGGAUUGACUGGUAUGUUGAAUGAGUUGGCACACCCGAAGGAGAAUAGUUCUCAUAAAACAAGAUCCCAGGAGCAGGAACCACCAACAUCUCUUCCAUCUCCAACCCCUCCUUCAGAAGCUGCAAGAAGUGAUUGGAGGUCAGAUUUUCGAGCCUUUUCAAAGACUCCAGUUUUGCAGCCUCAUUUUUCAGGCAACAGAACAGCGGCAGCUCUUACUUCUGUGGUUUUGCAACCCCCUCCUGCUACAGUUUUUCCAGUGGUUUCUGGGCCUCAGACUCCUGGUUUAGUAUCACCUGCUCAGCCACCAGCAACAAUAUCCUCAGUGCCAGAAGGGAUGAUGAUGAAUGAUUCGACAACUCGAAAUCUUCCACCCAUGAGUUUGCUUCCAACCAGGACCCCAGCCCCUUCUCCACCUCCCCAAAAAACAUCCAUCAGAUAUCCGUUGCAGCAGACGAAAGUUUUUAACUCUGAUUUACCCAGUAAACAGUACCCAGUCACCAAGACAACCUUCAUUUCCUCGAUCCCUCUACAGGAAUCUCUUGGUCACAGCCGCACUACCAUGUCAUGUCUGCCUGCAUUACCUGCUUUGCCCCACAAUCUACAAAGACCACAACUUCUACCAAAGGCUGAACCGUCAAAAGUUUCCCCCAUACCUCCCACAUGGCCUCCCGUAUCAGGUGCUACUAAAGUUGUGAGGCAGGAUACGACAGCCCAUCAACUUAUUUCUCAACCAAAUGGUAUACUAGAGGCUGCUGUGCCCAACCAACAAUAUGUUCCAAUCCAAAACAACUAUAGCACAUACCCCAGUGGGACUGUGUCACAGGCCCACAUGCUUCCCGGCAGCCUACGAGGAGAUAGGAAUGGGAGCCUCCAUGGUGAUGGCGGUUCGCUGGGAUCGACUGAGUUCCCAGCUGGGUGGAGUUAUAACGAUGAAUCCAGAAGGGAGAGUAGGUCAAAUAAGAUGCCUGAAUGGUCCACUGAGAAUUGGGAUCGCUACAGGUCUGGUGGUGGUGGUAAAAGGUGGCAGGAUCAUGGACAUGGACAUGGACAUGGACGGCAGAGAUGAUCUUUUUGUGUAUGGGUUGACGGAUAUCUGUUGGUGGCAGUCACCCUUUCACAAGGUUCCCUCUUGAUAAUUUUUUUCCUUCUUUUCUUGUAAUAGAUGAUAACCAUGGAUGGGUAGGUGAUUGAUUCCUGAGUUACAAAUGUGUUGAAAUCGAACAUUCCGUUCCAAUUGCCAAUUAAUGAAAAGAAUUAAAAUGUCGUCACCAA